CAAUGUCUGAAGAAGAGAUACCCAAAACAGACAAACACUAUUCGGUAUGUGAUAUUGAAAAGUGCAAAAAUUACUGCCAAUUUUACUGCAUUCCUUGCCACUUACAAUUGUGUGAACAAUGCUCAUAUGAUCAUUGGAACAGUCUGGAAAGCAAGAAGCAUGAAUUGGCUUUCUACCCACUAUGCACACGACAACUCCCUGAAGAGAAAUGCAAGCUCCAUCCAACUCGAAAUCUAUACAUUCUUUGUAAACAUUGCAAUUGUCCUCUAUGUACUAAGUGCAUGCUCAUGGAAGAUCAUUCCUCUCAUCAAAUGGAUGAUUUGGAAAACCAUUAUUUGAAAAAGAUUGCAUUUUGCCAAAUAGAAAUCUCGAAAAUCCAGGAGUAUUUCCUUCCAACCUCAGAAGGCUUGAAAAAGGAUAUAGAUGACGAUAUAAAAAAAUUAAAAGAUGUAAUGAUUGACAUCAGGAAUUCUAUAAAGGCUGAAGCUGAGUCUCUGAAAAAGCUGGUAGAUAUAGUGGCGUUAGAAAAAGUGGAACAAGCCGUUAAGAUAGAAGACUCACUCCUCAAUGCGUUAACAUCACAGAAAACAACUUAUGAUGAAUACAUUGCAGACCUUGAGAAUGUUGCCCAAGAGUUUCAUAGCUACAUGUCCUCAACCAAUGUCAGAGAUUUUUUUCCUGAUCAAUUUGCAAAUUUGAAAAUUGAGGCAAUACCAGAGGCAAUUCAAUUAGCCCUUCCAUCCUUUACUAAUGGUAAUUUCAAACACGACGAUGUCUUUAAGCUUCUUGGCGAUGUAAAAGUUAACAACAAUGAACAGGUAAAAAGGAAAAUAAAAUCUCAGUUGUUCUCUGUCACCAAGGUAAAAGAGUGUACGGUACCAGGCGUUGACAGUGCAUUUCAUGUAUCAAUUGAUAAAACAGGCAGACUAUGGGUCAGUGAUGAUGACAAUAAACUGGUCCAAAUAGAUUUACAAGGGAAUCAGUUACAGAAAGAACAAACAAGUGGUAGCCAUGGUUACCAUACAGUUACAAAAGAUAAUGAUCUGUUAUAUACAGUAUUAUACGAUAAUGUCAUCACUCGGGUAACUCUCGGUUACGAAAAAAAAAAUUUGAUUGAGACAGGAGGCUGGGCACCAAUCAGCAUAUACGCAUCUCAAAUAAAUGGGGACAUUCUAGUAGGGAUGAUAAAAGUUAUCGAGGUUAAAGUCACCAGGUACAACACAACAGGGCAAGAAAUACAGAAUAUACAGAAGGACAACAAAGGACAUGAAAUGUAUAAUAAGCCACACUACAUAACAGAAAAUAUCAAUGGCGAUAUCUGUACAUCAGAUAUUAAAAGACAAGCUGUAGUAGUGGUGGAUAAAUCAGGACAUCACAGGUUCUCAUACACAGGUCAGGGGUCGGAGUUUCGUCCCUAUGGUAUCUGUGUUGAUUUCCUCGGUCACAUCAUUGUUUGUGAUGGUAUCAAUAACACAAUUGACAUCCUUGAUCAGGACGGUCAGUUCUUGUCUCUUCUCCUGACACAACGAGAGCUACAAUGUCCCCGCAGUGUAUGUGUAUGUGUAGAUGUUGACAAAUCUAUUUAUAUUGGACAAUGUGACACAAACAUAGUGUCAGUAUUCAAAUAUCUGUAGUAACAAAAGUAAACCUGUAAAUUUAACAUA